UAUGGGAGGGGGUCGUCCUCAGAUUUUUGUCCUCUGCCCGGUUCUUUCCCUAGCGACUCCCUCCUCGACUCCUUUCCUGCCCCAAAGGCGAAGGCCAAGAUCCGCCUCUUUCUCCCUCUGUUUCUCUUUAGGGCUUGGUGGUCUCUAAGAAUCGUUGGUUCUCUGGCUCCAAUCGGUGUUUUUUCUUGCAUCGGUGGAAGCUAGGCUAGGGUUUCUUGAUUGAAUUUUUUUUUUUGGCUUCCGGCGAUGGUUGCUCCACGGAAGGAGGGUUUCGGAAGGGACGAGAGGGCCGAGAGUUCGGAUCGGCCCCUGGGCGGGGACGCCUCCGAGGAAUUCAGGGAAAUCGAUGGAUCGGGAUCGUCCGGACCCCAACGGGCAACGAGAACAUCUGGCGGUCUCGCUGAGAGGCUGAGUGAUGUUCUCCGAGGUGAAUCGGAUGGGGAUCUCUUGCUUGGGCGGAGUGAUGUGGAAAACGGGGUGCUGCAGUGGCUCCGGGCGCUGGAUCUCCAGGUUCUUGGUGCCUGCCGUGCCGAUGAGAGGCUCAGGCCCCUGUUGAAGCUCAACGUCUCGACCGGCGCUGCAGAAGACCGGCUGAUUACACAACUAAGCCAGCAUUUUGAAGCGUCAGAAGUUGGAAUGCUGGCAAGGUGUUUGUGCGCUCCUCUGGUUUCUAUUCGUGUAGGAAAGGUUAACAAACAGGGGAAACUUCUAUGCCCGACUGCAACUAGGGGACAUUUGAAUCUUACGCUUCUGCCUUCCUCUAAAAUGCGCAUCUCGUUCAUUGGGGAUGAUGGUUGUGUUGAGAGGCUGGCUGUAGCGAGCAAUGACUCUGACAGCUCAGAUGUGGUCAUUGAAGAUAUAUCAGCUGAUAGUUCUAGUCGGUCCUUUCUAGUAAAGCUCCCAGCAUCUCAAAUCUUGUACUAUUGGUGCUCGGAGAAGUCAGAGAUCUAUGGGAAGGAGUUGCUUGCAAAGAUGAAAGACCUUCUAAGGGGGAAACCCACUUUAUCUCAUUUAACUGGAAUAUCUGAGUCUCGCCUUAGUUCUUUUGCAAUUCAUCUUCGGGCAUAUCUUAUUGGGUCAUCAAACAUUGCAAAAGCUAAUUCAAGUGCUUCAUCAAACAGUUUGCUGAGUACUUCCAGUACUCUUGAGUCUGACUCACAAUCCUUGUCUAUGGUUUCCAAGUCUUUCCGGUUCCGUCCGACGGUAGCUCAUAUGGCAAAGAUGCAUCCUUUUCAUCAAGGCAGUCUUAGUCCAAGAUCAAACACUUUCAAGGAUGGGGCACCAAGAACCUUGUCUUCUAUAAGAAGUGGGGCGAGAGAGAAACUCAAGCGGCGUGGGGAGACCCAUCUCAGCAGCUUGUCGACCAUCAACAGCCAAGAAAUUACUUCACUGCCCACAUGUACAACUGAUGUCCUAUUCACCAGACAAUGUGAAGAUGACAUGUCCAGGGACAAUGGAAGCUGUAGUUGUGUUCCUUGCUCUUUGCCUGAUAUGUCUUGUUUAGCCUCCCCUCUUUCGUCAUUUAAUCCUUUAUCAAUCUAUCUUCCUCCUCAGGUUCCUAUUCCAAGCUCUCUGUUCACACCUUAUUACUGUUGGUGCCCUCCCUGUCCCUCUUCACUACAGUAUACAGUAACCCCAUCACAUCUGCCAUCUGUAUCUACCGAAUCCUUACCUCUGCCACCUCUGUCUUCAUUGUUGCCUGCCGCCGGACCCCCAGUUUCAUUGGUUCAAACAAAAAUGUCUAUAGAUGCUGGUGAGCUUCCCUCGACAAGCUUCCCUCGACCAGCUUCUUUCCCAGAUCCACUUGUUCGCUUCCCGCUUCCUGUCUCUUCACUUGUUACGUUGCCGAACUCGCAACAAAUUCCGACUUUCACACCAUUCAUGUCUGAUCCUAUUGUACACAUUCCAGUAAUUGAUGUUUGCUCCUCUGGCCAAGGUUAUCUUGUUAGUGCUGCACCUGCCAUAUCAUCAACCAUUCCACCUCUGCUUCCAAGUCUUGCAAAUCCUCUCAUGCCAGAAACUGAAUCAUUGGUGGAGAAGAGUGCCAGAGAAACACUCCGGAUGCUUAUGGCCUCGGCACCAACACCAACCACCCCGCAGUUAAUGAAUGUGCUGCCUGCAGUCUUUAGCAGUGUGAAUGAGAACUUUUCUUGCACCAGUGUAAACAAACUCGGUGUAGUUGCUGCUACCGGUGGUCCCUGUUUUUGUAACAGAACUCCGCAUAUUGAUAGUGUUGCCAGCAGCAUAUCUUUGAUAGGGUUAUAUCCCUUGAGGAAAGGGGUUGUGGAUGAAGGUGGUAAUGCUAUGAUAACUAAUCAUGAGGAUAACAAUGACUGUGACAAGGAUGGUAACCUACCAAAGAGUCUGAAGUUUAAUGGGCAUGGAAAUCAGUCAGAAGGCGGCAAUUUGUCAUGAGAUUGACUGGACUAUGUUGGUAGAUGAUAUACAUGGUCGUUGUGCAGUGUAUAUGUAAUUAGGUCUAAGGUUUAGUUGAAAGAGGCGGUGGUCUCUUUCUUUUGUUUUGUCCAGCCCGGCCAAGAGAUGGGCUUUUAUGGGAAUUUGUAAUUAACUGGCUGUAAUCCCUCUGAUGAUGGAAUUAGUUUUGAUUCUUUUGGCUGUAAUUCUUCAAUUUUUCUUGUGCUGUAAUAUUUUAUUAAAAAAAAAAAACCCCAAGAUUUUAAGAAAACCUGCCCUUGUUGUU